UUUUGAUUGGAGGAUUAGGCCUAGCUGAACCUCGUUAAAUCCUUAUCUUUUUUUUUCCUUAUUUGUGAUUGUGUGCUAGUAAACCUAUGAUAUUGAAAGAUUUUUCGUGGACUCUUCUUCGAUUCAGUCCACUCCAUUAAAAAGGGAAUAUAAAUAAUCGGUUGAUAAAACCUCAAGGGGAAGGUGACACAUAAAAAUGUCCACAUCAGCAUCUCAUGAUUCAAGUUCUAUAAAUACAGAGAAGUCUGCUGGCACUGAAUGGAUAUUUUCAAAUCCAAUGAUUGAUAACCCUAUUUAUGGCUUUUUCGAGGAGCAAGUUCCUCAUCACAUUCCAAUAUUCGAUACUGAGGAUCACACCUAUACCUACCUUAUGGAUUCAUCUUGUCUACCCAAAUCAAUUAAGUGGCCGGAGGCCAUCCAAAGGGAAGACGAUGUCUCAAAGUUUUUUAUGGAAGGAGCACAGAAUGAUACGACAGAAAGUCCAACCAAGCACGACCUAGAUGCUGCUAGUGCUACUCCCCCACUGUCGGAGGUCAUCCAAAGGGAGGAUGAGGUUUCAAAGUCUAUUAUGGAAGGAGCACAGAACGACAAGACAGAAAGUCCAAUCAAGCACGACCUAGAUGUUGCUAAUGCUACUCCCCCACUGCCGGAGGCCAUCCAAAGGGAGGACGAGGUUUCAAAGUCUAUUAUGGAAGAAGCACAGAAAGACAAGACAGAAUAUCCAACCAAACACGACCUAGAUGCUGCUAGUGCUACUCCCCCACUGCCAAAGGCUUCUACCGAUGCCAAUGCCGGGUUGUCACAGAAUGUCAAGAGAGAGAGUCCAACCAAACACUCCCAAGAUGCUGCUAGUGUUACUCCGCCCCCACCUGUCGCAGCCAAUCAGGCCAAACAACUUAUUCAUUAUGUGUCUGAACAACAAGUUAUCGUUGUGGAAACGGGAGAGGACGUAGCUGAAAAAAUAAUUUCCUUUGCUAAGGGUGGGCCAAGGUCCGUUUCCAUACGGUCUGCAACCGGUAAAGUAACCAAAGUGGUACUUAAAAGAAGAUCAACAUCCAAUGAGAUUGAAACACAUGAGGGACUGUGUAAUAUAGUGUCUCUAUAUGGUUCCUUCAUGUCGAUUGAAGUUGAAGGUCAGCGUCGCUUGACAGGUGGAUUACACAUAUCCUUAGCUGCAGAUGGAAGAGCAUCUUUUGGAGGUCUUGUGAAGGGUGCACUAACUGCUGCAUCACAAGUCGAGGUUACUGUUAUGAGUAUGACUUCAAAGGGCAAAGAAGACUCCUAGUCGAUCAUCAUAUCAAUGCUGGAGAAACUAUUGGGGAGGAGGUGAUAGAUGUUAAGGCAGAAUGUUAAAUCCCCUUGGCGAAAUCUGGAUUCUUAGUUGCUCACCAAUCUAGCUAGUUGGAUUUAGUUAUAUUAGGCAGUAGCAAAUUUAGAGGAAUCAGAUUUAUUUUGUUUUCAGGAAUCAUGUUUCCUGUCUUACAUUUUUGUAUUCUCCUCUGACAGAGCUUGCAGUUUACAUUUUGUUUUUGUGUGUUUUUUUAAUUAUGGAAACUGAUAAUGCAAUACCUUUGUGAAGGAUAUU